GAUGACGAGGAGUCAAAACCCCAGCAGUUGAGGCCCUGCGAAGCCCCCAAAAGCCAUGGAGCUCAAAGCCACGAAGGGAAUUAGUUUGAAGCGUUCAUCUAUGGGAAGUAAGAAAAGAAAGAAAAAUAGUUUCAAGCGUCAGAAAAGGCGCAAAGCAGCGGACAUCAAAUACAGCAUGACAGAGAUCACGAGGAUGGCGAGGAAUCGGCCUGUGCGUCCGAAGAAGCUCAAAACUCCAGAUUUUGAAAAUGGCAAAGAGGAGCUCCUGAGAUUGAUGAAGAGGAUUCGACCUACUGUGGAAAAAGAGAAGGAGUACUUGUAUAAAGAGGGCUGUGCUGUCUGCAGUAAAGAUCACUUCCCUGAAGAUUGCCCUUGCUUGGAUAAAAUCCCACCGGGCACAGAUCUAGGGCCUCUGUUUGACAGGGUUUGCAAUUGUUGUGGCAAAAUCGGAGAUGAAUGCUGUCGCAAGGGAGCAUAUGCUAUUCUCACAAGGUGUGAUGGUUGUGAAAAUAUAGGUCAUUGGUACUGGGAGAACAGGUGCCCCAAGGACUGGUGCAGACCCUCCUAUCUAGUCGAGAUCCCGUCCAUCCAGGAACUUGAACAUGAGGUUAUGCAGAACAAGAACAAGGUUGUGGUCCAGGAGGAUGACGAGUCUGACUCUGAGGAUGAAUAUGACUACGACAACUUCUAUGACGAUAACGGGUGUCUGAAAAGGCUCAAAACUCCAGAUUUUAAAGAUGACAAAGAGGAGCUCCUGAGAUUGAUGAAGAGGAUUCGACCUACUGUGGAAAAGGAGAAGGAGUACUUGUAUAAAGAGGGCUGUGCUGUCUGCAGUAAAGAUCACUUCCCUGAAGAUUGCCCAUGCUUGGAUAAAAUCCCACCGGGCACAGAUCUAGGGCCUCUGUUUGACAGGGUUUGCAAUUGUUGUGGCAAAAUCGGAGAUGAAUGCUGUCGCAAGGGAGCAUAUGCUAUUCUCACAAGGUGUGAUGGUUGUGAAAAUAUAGGUCAUUGGUACUGGGAGAACAGGUGCCCCAAGGACUGGUGCAGACCCUCCUAUCUAGUCGAGAUCCCGUCCAUCCAGGAACUCGAACAUGAGGUUAUGCAGAACAAGAACAAGGUUGUGGUCCAGGAGGAUGAGAAGAACUCUAUCAAGGAGGUCCCGUCCACUGAACAAUCCCUCGAGAACUCUCUGCAGAAUAAGGAAGAGGAUGAUGUUAAGGUGGAUGUUGGGAAGGACAACAAGAGCAAGGAUGAGGUUAUGGUCGAGGAUGACGAUAGCAAGGAAGAUGAUGAGGCUAAAGGUGGAAAUGAGUCUUCAAAUCAGAGCAGGAGCAAGAGUUGUAAGGCAAUCUUGACACAGUCUGGGUUAUCAAGGAGCAAGGAUGUCAAGGCUAUCGAGGAGCUUACCGCUGGAUGUUAUCGAUCAUUGAGACUUUAGGAUUGUUAUCAUCAGUAUUUGUAACUAAUCUAGUUAGAUCGUGCUGAUGUUAUUAGUAUAUUAAUGUCCUGUGCAAAUGGAUGCAACGUAGUUAUAAUUGACUAGCUAUGCUUUGAGAUCUACUCAAAAUUAGGUGUUAGUCUUAAUAAUAUAGCCUUAAGUGUCAUCUUAAGUCUUAUAUUCAGGACUUUUUUAAGACCAGCUCAUAUGGGCUCCACAGGCAC